AUGGCCUCAUCAGACAGAUCUCAGUACGAGAAAGCCGAUGUCGCCCAGAACGAGUUCAGCGUCGGCUCCGUCUCGGCCCUCCCUCCGCCCAGCCGGCACGGUCACUCCAGAGGCAAGGACGAGAUCGACCGCAUCGACGCCCUGGCCACGGCGGAGGGGACGACGCUCGACUCGUUCAGGCACCUGGACGAGAAGGCGAUCCUCCGCAAGAUGGACCUGCGCCUGAUCCCCAUGCUCUCCCUGCUGUACCUGCUCUCCUUCCUCGACCGGGGCAACAUCGGCAACGCGAAGAUCGAGGGCCUGCAGGAGGACCUCGGCAUGCGCAGCUACGAGUACAACUGGUGCCUGACCGCCUUCUUCUUCACCUACGCCGCCUUCGAGGUCCCCAGCAACCUCCUGCUCAAGAAGCUCCGCCCCAGCAGGGUGGCUGCCCAUUAUCAUGGUCGCCUGGGGCACGGUGAUGACGCUGAUGGGGAUUGUCCGGAACUACCAGGGCCUUUUGGCUGCGCGCUUAUUCCUCGGGGGCUCCUUAGACACGAGAUCCAGUUCCGUCAGGCCCUGUUCUUUUCUGCCGCGUCAGUUGCUGGUGCGUUCAGCGGCCUCCUGGCCUUCGGCAUCUCCAAGAUGGAUGGCGUUGGAAACUUGGAAGGAUGGCGGUGGAUCUUCAUAUUGGAAGGGAUCGCGACGGUGAUCGCUGCUUUCGCUGCUUUCUUUCUGCUUCAUGACUUUCCCGAGACGGCCAAGUUCCUGACCGAGGAAGAGAGGGCGUUUGUGGUCUUCCGCUUGAAGUACCAAGGGCAGUCUGCCAAGCUGGACGGUACGAGUGGGAGAGCGGCCCAGGUCGCUGAGGCCGAUGAAUUCCAGUGGAAGUAUGUGAGGCAAGCAUUCAUGGACUGGCAGAUCUGGGUGAACAUCUUUGUGUACUGGGGCAUCGUCUGUCCGCUGUACGGGACAAGCCUUUUCCUACCAACGAUCAUCAAGAAUCUGGGCUACACCUCGAGCACCGCUCAGCUUAUGACGGUUCCGAUAUACGUCACUGCCGCGAUAUUAGCCGUCAUUUUCGCGUACCUGUCUGACCGCGCGGGAAAGAGGAGCCCGUUCAUAAUCCCCUUCCUGUGCGUGAUGAUUAUCGGAUUUUCAAUGUGCAUUUCGACAGACCCAACAAAGCACCCUCGCGUGGUCUACGGCGGAGUCUUCAUAAUCGUGUGUGCUAUCUACCCAAGCUUCCCGGGCAACAUCGCAUGGCUGUCCAACAACCUCGCCGGGGGCUACAAGCGCAGCGCAGGGAUGGCAAUUCAGAUCGGUGUGGGAAACCUCGGGGGAGCCAUGGCCUCGAAUUUCUACCGCCAGCCGGACUCUCCACGCUACAUUCUCGGGCAUGGGUUGGAACUGGGUUUCGUGUGUCUGGGAAUACUUGCCGCGGUCAUACUCAACGUCAGCUAUGCCGCUAUCAACAAGCGGCGCGAGAAGAAGCUGGCUGAGGGUGGAGAGGGUGGAUUUGAUAGCCGAGAGCUGUCUGAGCUGGGUGACAAGGCCUACACAUUCAGAUACAUGCACUGA